AUCCAUAAACUAUUCCUAGGGUUUGUUAAAGAAAACUAACGCAGGAGUACGGUUGAAACAGAUAUUCCUAGCUCUCCUCUGCAGCUUGCUUUGACUGCAUAUCCAUCCAUGCCCAUCCAUCCCUAGCUGAAUGUACUACCUACACUAAAACUCCUACAAGCAUUGUACCACCUUUGUCUCUAUAAAAAGCCCAACAACCCCCACGCCGCGCUUCCUCUCCUCUCUUCUCUUCGGUAGCAAAUUCUUCUUCCUAGCUUGCAAUUGCAACUGAGGGCAUAUAUCAGUAUCACACACACACAAACAACCACACGAGCGAUCGACCAAUCGAACUGAUGCGUGCAUAGUUUGCAAGAAAAACUCCACACCAUGGUGAGCUUCAUCAGAAGAACUAGUGCAAUGGGUCUUGUUGUAGUCAUCUUGCUCAUCGUCUCCUUGCUCACUAUUCACCUCCCCGCCGCCUGUGCUCGCCAUGUUGUCGUGCUAAACCCAGACAACAAUGGACUGAACAACAGAGGAAAUAAGAACCUCGGCAAGGCGUUGGCGGUCACCGAUGACGAUGAUUUAGCUGCCAACAAGGUAAUCUCAGGGCGGAAGCUCGGUGCGCCGAACAACAAGGAGGGAACCAAAGCCACCGUGGGAGCGACGACGACGGCGGCGGCGGCGGCGGCGACUUCAGCAGGCUCACGGCCGCGGACGGUGAAGAUGCGCGCGGCGGCCAGGCACGGCGACGCGGUCACCGAGAUGUACGACAUGCUCAGGAGGGACUACGCGUCGAGGGCGAGCCGCCGCCGGCCGAUCAACAACGGCGCCACGCCGCUGCAGGUGAAUAAGAAGCCCUAGAGAUAGCUAGUACAGUACGUAAUAGCUAGCUUCCCAAGCAUGCUCUCAGUCUCGGGCAUGGCGUGACUAGUUCGGUACAUAUAGCUGCUUCCUUCUUCAGGCUUUUAGUUGUUAUAGUCCUAGCAGAUUAGGAGGGUUUAUAUACACUUAAUUGCCCCUUGCCCAUAUGGAAUAAUGUCUUGUGGCCAGCCUUAAUCUAGCCUUCAAGCUGGACAACCUGUUUAGCCCAAUCUGCAACAGCAUGAAUCAUUCAUGUGCAGCUGGGCAAUUUUGUCGAUGGUGUUCAUGCUUGAGGAUAGAUGCCAUGUAGUAGUAUGUACAUCCGCACCAGUAUCAGGUCGCAGAUGUGCUCAUAUGCUUGUAACAGAUUCCGUGAUUUACAUGUAUUUUUCACCAA